AUGUCAGACUCGAAGCAAUCCGUCGGCUUCCCAUACAACCAAGGUCAGACCAAUGACGGCUGGUCCAACGAGGAUGAGGCGACGGCUACAUGCGCGUGUGGGAAGGUGCAGAUGGUUAUACCCCUCAAAGCCCCCGGUCUCCAGGGCACCUUCGUCUGCCACUGCACCGACUGCCGCAAGGUCUCCGCCUCCAUGUUCGCCACCAACUUCACCUCGCUGGACUCGCACACCCGCUUCGUCCGCGGCGAAGACAAUCUCACCGUCUUCUCCCAAUCCUCCACCACCACUACCGGCGAGACCAUGGCCAACUCGUUCUGCAAGACGUGUGGGACGCUCAUGUUCCGUGCGGGUACGAUUGCUCCAGGGACAAGAUUCAUGCGGGGCGGAAUCAUCGAUGAUCACUCUCUGCACGACACCAUGCUGAAGCCCAAGGUGGAGAUAUUCUCGGAGCACCGGGCGGCGUGGGUUAGCCCGGUGGAAGGGGCGGAGCAGGGCAAGGGGAUGGGACCGUUCGUGAAGGACAAGAAGGGAGAUGAGAAGAAGGAAGAGGGACAGGGGAAGCUUUGA